AUGGCCUUGGAAGCGGCUGGUGUGACAAGUCGAGAUCUAGCCCGCAAACCACUGGGAUCUUCUUAUCAAGGAGAUGUCUUCGCAGGGUCAUACUUGCACCGAGUCAAUGGUCUCCCGGAUCACCUCAAUUCUGCGAUUUGGAUGAUGAAGCUCCGGCCUGAUACUCAACACUCCCAAAUAUUUGAUAUCAUUCAAUGUGGCAGUGUCUGGUCUCUUCAUUUGAAACUGCCAACCGCCGAUCAUUCGACAAUGGCCGCCCAACUCGCGUUCGUUAGUCCACAAGCAGCAGCUAUCUUCAUGCAUCAUUAUCGUACUUAUGGUAUCCAAAUUGCGGGUAAUUGGAUAUCAUGUAUCUACGAUAAGCAUGGAUCACCAGGCCACACAACAUCGGAGACACGUGUGCUGAGGAUUGAGGGACCUGCCACUGUGAUGAAUCCACAGUUCUGGGAUGCUAAGUUCCGUAGCGCUUGUUCUUUCCAACUUGAUCGAUGGGGUUAUCUGCAGUGUGACACUCCUGGUAAGCUCCGAAUGGAGUUUCGAUUCUCACGAGUGGAUGGACAGGCGCAGACCUGCAGACAGAUGAUCGAGAGAGUGUUGGUUCAUUAUGGUAUAUCUGUCUGGUACGGUCCUGAUCCAUGUGGUCAGAUUGGUAACAAUAAGUGA